CGGGGCGCAUGCGCAGUGCGAGCGGGGUUUGGUUUGUGUACAGCAGCAGUGCUGUUGGUGGCUAAUGUUGAGCGCUGUUAUGUCAAGCAUCUCUGGAAUUAAAAGCCUUUGCGGAAACAGGUAAUUUUGCUCAUUAAACGCUAUUCAUGAGCGCGCCUGGGUUGGUUUAGCAGUCAUGGAUGACAAGGCCUCGGUGGGGAAAAUUAGCGUUUCCUCCGAUUCAGUGUCUACCCUCAACAGUGAGGACUUUGUUCUGGUGUCCUGCCUUGGGGACGAGGCCCCCUCCACUAAUAAUGGUAGCGAUGAUGAAAAGACAGGACUGAAGGUGAUAUCUAAGGAAGGGGUCAGCUUUAAGAUCGUGGGGAACGGCAGUGAGCAGCAGUUGCAGCAGGAGCUGGAAGAUGUGCUGAUGGACCCUUCUGUGACUGAGCUGGAGGCCGGGACCGACCAACUAGGUGGGGGAAACCAUGGUUACCCCACCUGUGCUGCUCCGCCACUGCCCUGUCAGACCCCCCCUAAACUGGAGAUGGUGCUGCCCGUUAAGAGACCUCAGGAGAGCGAACUCAACGAGAGAUCAUAUAGGGAUGAGCCUGCCGAGUUGAGUCCCGGGACUCCUGUCCCAGACGAGGACAGCGUGGUGUUCAGCAAACUGACGUAUGUAGGCUGUGCAUCGGUGAACGCCCCGCGCAGCGAGUUGGAGGCACUGCGCAUGGUCAGCAUCCUCCGCAGCCAGUGCCAGAUGCCCCUGAAUGUGACCCUGUCUGUGCCCGGGGUCUCCGAGGGAACCGUCAGGCUUCUGGACCCUCAGACCAACACUGAGAUUGCCAACUAUCCCAUUUACAAGAUCCUCUUCUGUGUUCGGGGCCACGACGGAACGCCAGAGAGCGACUGCUUCGCCUUCACUGAGAGCCACUACAAUGCCGAGAUCUUCCGCAUUCACGUCUUCCGCUGUGAGAUCCAGGAAGCGGUCAGCCGAAUACUCUACAGUUUUGCCACAGCCUUCCGACGGUCAGCCAAUAAAGCGCCACUCACAGCCAAGGCUCCGCCCCUUACGCCAGACAGUGAUGUUUUCACCUUCACCGUCAGUCUGGAAAUCAAAGAGGAUGAUGGGAAAGGCACAUUUAGUGCUGUGUCGAAGGACAAAGACAGACAGAGCUUCAAACUGCGGUCAGGUAUGGACAAGAAGAUUGUGAUAUACGUCCAACAGACAUCUAACAAAGAGCUGGCCAUCGAGAGAUGUUUCGGGCUGCUGUUGAGCCCGGGAAAGAAUGUCAAGAACAGUGAUAUGCAUCUGCUUGACCUGGAAUCGAUGGGGAAGAGUUCAGAUGGCAAGUCUUACAUCAUCACAGGAAGCUGGAAUCCCAACACACCGCAAUUUCAGGCUGUGAAUGAAGAGACACCCAAAGAUAAGUUCAUGUACAUGACGACGGCAGUGGACCUGGUGAUCACAGAGGUGGAGGAGCCUGUGAGGUUCCUGCUGGAGACACGGGUUCGAGUGUGCUCACCCACCGAUAGGCUCUUCUGGCCCUUCAGCAAACGCAGUUACACCGAAACCUUCCAUCUCAAACUCAGAUCGAUGGAGAACAAGGAUAGGAAGAGUAACUCAGACACGCUGUAUGAAGUUGUAAGUUUGGAGAGCGAGACCGAGAGAGAGAGAAAGAAGACCACAGUGAGCCCUGGCACCAUGUCUACCGGCUCUCACGGCUCUAUGGUGCCCUCCCCGCCCGAGGACGAUGAGGAGGAAGACAACGAUGAGCCCUUAUUGAGCGGAUCUGGAGACGUGUCUAAGGAAUGUGGCGAAAAAAUUUUGGAAACUUGGGGAGAUUUAUUAUCCAAAUGGCAUCUGAACUUGGCCGUGCGACCCAAGCAGCUCCCGGCGCUGGUCCGCAGUGGCGUCCCAGAGGCCUUAAGAGGGGAGGUAUGGCAGCUGCUGGCCGGAUGUCAUAACAAUGACCAUCUGGUGGAGGAAUAUCGCACACUCAUCACUAAGGAAUCUCCACAAGACAGUGCCAUCACACGCGACAUUAACCGCACGUUUCCCGCACACGACUACUUUAAAGACACAGGAGGUGACGGCCAAGACUCUCUCUAUAAGAUCUGUAAGGCGUAUUCUGUUUAUGAUGAAGAAAUUGGUUACUGUCAGGGACAGUCUUUCCUUGCCGCUGUGCUGCUAUUACACAUGCCAGAGGAGCAGGCGUUCAGCGUGCUGGUGAAGAUCAUGUUUGAAUAUGGUCUCAGGGAGCUCUUUAAACAGAACUUUGAAGACCUGCACUGCAAGUUCUUUCAGCUGGAGAGACUCAUGCAGGAAUACAUUCCAGACCUGUAUGCACAUUUUCUAAACCUGGGUUUGGAAGCACACAUGUACGCCUCACAAUGGUUCCUCACGCUCUUCACAGCCAAAUUUCCUCUCUACAUGGUUUUUCAUAUCAUAGAUCUACUGCUGUGUGAGGGCAUCAGUGUAAUCUUCAACGUUGCUCUUGCGUUAUUGAAGACGUCAAAAGAUGACCUGUUACAGACGGACUUUGAGGGUGCGUUGAAGUUCUUUCGAGUGCCUGUACCCAAGCGCUAUCGCUCAGAGGAAAACGCAAAGAAACUCAUGGAGCUAGCGUGUAGUUUGAAGAUCAGCCAGAAGAAGUUGAAGAAGUAUGAGAAGGAAUAUCACACUAUCCGAGAGCAGCAGGAACAGCAGGAGGCGCCGAUCGAGAGAUACGAGAGAGAGAACCGACGGCUACAGGAAACGAACAUGCGUCUGGAACAGGAAAAUGACGACUUGGCACACGAGCUGGUCAGCAGUAAGAUCGCACUGAGGAAAGAUUUGGACAAUACGGAGGAGAAAGCUGACGCACUCAACAAAGAGCUUCUUAUCACCAAACAGAAGCUUGUGGACUCUGAGGACGAGAAGAGACGGUUGGAGGAAGAGUCGGCACAGCUGAAGGAGAUGUGUCGGAGAGAACUAGAGAAAUCUGAGUCUGAGAUCAAGAAGAACGGCUCCAUCAUUGGAGAAUACAAACAGAUCUGCUCUCAGCUCAGCGAGCGGCUGGAGAAACAGCAGACGUUGAACAAAGGAGAACUAGAGAAGAUCCGGGUGAAGGUGGAGGGCUGUGAGAAAUGCAGCAUUCUCUUCAAUAAGGAAGGCCGUCUGAAGGUCCUGAGCGCUCCUAAGGAGGGCAGCGAGGAGGACACAGAUGAAGAGAAGGAGGCGCUGAAGAACCAGCUGAGAGAGAUGGAACUGGAGCUCGCUCAGACCAAACUUCAGCUGGUGGAGGCCGAAUGCAAGAUCCAGGACCUGGAGCAUCAUCUCGGUCUGGCUCUGAACGAAGUCCAAGCAGCCAAAAAGACGUGGUUCAACCGGACGUUAACCUCCAUCAAGACUGUCACAGGAGCUCAAGGCAAAGAGGGCGUCUAAGAGGACCACAUUCAGAGAAAAAACACUCCUCGCUUCUUCUGUCUCUGCAUCUCAUGUCCAGUGCUCUUACACUCAAGCUGGAACAGAGUGAACAACAUGUCCUCUUCCGUUUUUCCUUUUGUAUAAAAAAACUUCUUUGGGGUACCAGCUGCCCUGACAGAAAUACAUGUAUUUACUGAAAGAAACAAGACUUUAACGCUAGUCUUUCUACUACUGAUAUUAAACAAAUGACUGAGUGGGUUCUAGCUGACUGAACUAUCUUCCGGGGAAUAUUAACGUUUCAACCACUGUCCUACUCGAGAUUUCCUUGCACAAACACUGAGUCGGAUUCAACGUAAGGUACAAUUGCUACCCGAUAAAAUUCUUUCUGUUCAACUUUAACGUUUAUGUAACGCAGGUCUGCUUUUGUGCGAGGUGAAGGCAAAUGUACUGAUGUGUGUGUGCAUGUGUAUGACUGAAGCAUUCUACUUUUAUUGUACAAAGCGUGUUUAUUGGCUAAAAUCAUGGUAACUGAGGAAGACUAGAAAUGGGAAGUAGACAGGUGGCACACUGUACAUACUGUAGAUUGUAGAGUGAACGUUCAUGUUCCUCCUCGUACCACAAGCUGGCGCCUUUCUGCUACGAACAAAACUUAAUGGUGUGUGUGUACGAGAAUGGAACUGUGGGAUAUAGUGUAACUUAAAGAUUGUAAACGGUCCUCUACUGGUAACUUUGCAUCAUAGGUAACAGGAAAGGCUCUCUAAAGCACUUAAGCAUCGAGCACACGCUCUGAUCGGCAAGCACACGGAGAAGAAAAGCCCAACUUUGGACAGUCACUGUGUGCACGUAUAGGUGCGUGUAUGUGUGAGAAACGCGUGUGUAUAGAAGAAUAUUCUUCGGGGAAGGUGUUUGCACCUUACAGACAUAUUUAUAUAAAUAUCUGGCUUGCUGGAGUUCUUGUUUUUGUUAAAAGGGGCCUUGUGCACUGGGUUUGUAAAUAAGCGUAUGUUUUGUUUUUGGAUUCAUUUUAUAUUUUAACUCUCUCUACCUGGUAACUGUACUAAUGUUGCCUCGUUGUACUGUGCUACGACAUGACUCAUUUUGCUUUGGUCUUAAAUUUCAAACUGCUGUCUCAUUAUUACAUGCCAAAUGUACCUUUAGCAAACAUUGCAUUUGUGUGACCAUUGUAAUAGUGUAGGUUACAUUGUGUACUUCCACGAGUUUCAAUAUAAACAUCUGAACAUG